AUCUGCACAGUGUAAUGUUUGUUUUUUAGCGAAAUUUGGUAUUCGAUAUUGAUAAAUUAGAAUUUUUUCAACAAAUAUAGUUAAAAAAGGGAUAAUUGUGAAAUAAAGGACCAUACCGUCUAGUUAUUCUUUUUAACUUACAACAUCGCCAAUGGCUUGCAAGCAAAUAUAGUUACGUGUCUUUAACCCAGUUCUAAUCAAAUGAGAUAUCAAUGCGCUCAUCUGUGAGCUAUAUUUUAUCUCACGCACCUGGAGAGUCGGUGAUGUCGCACCCUGACUACUCGCAACAUGCCCAGCACCACGCCUGUCUUCUAGUGCUGGUGAAGGGCAUAGGCGGAAUGCUAAAGAACUUCAACAAAUUGUGGGAGCGCAUUCAAAAGGUCAAUAACAUCAAAGUUACUGAUUCCAAUGGCCAAGUGAGAGAUAUUUGGGUACGCUAUGUCCGAGAUUAUCCUGUGGAGAACAAUGAUUGGGGAGACUUCCAAACUCAUCGGCGCCUGUUAGGCCUGAUAACACUAAGUAAGUUCACAAACCAAGUAGAACUAAAUGAAGUGUGUAGAGUUCAUGAAUCGCUGAAGGUCAAAUACAGCAACACCCUGUAUGACUCCCGAGCCUUCAUGUUUGGGCCCUUCAGUAACAUGAAGAAGCCUGAACAGGAACCAGAGACUUACAGCAUGUAUGAAGAUGACAAAGUGUUCAGUGAAGGAAGUGAAAAAACUUCAAUUCCAAGUGAACAAGCAGACAGUUUAUCAUCAUCAGAAAGCUUCCCACAAUCAACCUCAUCAAAUGCCUCAUUCCCAGUGCAGGAAGAAAACUUUACAACUCCUUCUAAUUUCAAAACUAAUGCCAUGUUCUAUGGUGAGAACGACCCGGUGCCGGAUUUAGAACAAAAUGUGGCAGAUUUAAUAAAUGCACUGUACUGGGUGGUGGAGUCCAAGAGACUUGAGAGGGCCAAAGAGAAACUUGAGAAGGUAUCACUACUAUUGGCUCCUUUUGAGAAGAAAGAUUUUGUUGGUCUCGACAUGGAGUCUCGCAACAACAAGAAGCGCUGCAUGGGCCGAGUGACGAAGAACCUCGCUGACUUGACACUGCAAGCCGGACUGGUCGCUGACAGUCUGAGCUUUUACCACAAUGCGGCGGAGAUACUCAAGUCUGUUAAUGAUUGGCUGUGGUUGGCUGCCGCUAAAGAAGGUCUUUGUGCUGCGUCAGCAAUACUCCUUUACCCGAACCUAAGGAAUCCUAUGCCACUUCAAAGGAACGCCAGCUUGCAAGAGAGUUCACCAAACAAAACAAAGCAGCUAUCGCUAUUCCAAUCAAACGAUCCAUUUCGGAAAUACAAAUUGACGUCGUCGCCACUCCGAUCUUCAAAAACUUCUAGUCCGGUGAACCCUCCUAGCGAACUGACACCUUCAUCAUCUGACAGUGUGGAAUCAUCAUCUAGACAGUCGGAAACUGAUAAUGCUGAUUCGGAAUCCUUAGCAUCUUCAAGUGACAUUGAAUAUCAUAGUCAGAAGUCCUUCUUGGGCACCGAACUACCGUCAAUUCCACGACAACCGUCGCAAAUCAAUAACCAAUAUCUUUUGAAUGGUGAAGAUAUUGCUGAGAAGUAUCGGAAAGCGAUUAUACACUACAGUAAAUACCAAAACGCUGGUAUAAUAGAGACUGAGGCGUGCUUCAAAGCCGCGAGGAUAGCGGUGGAGCAGAACAACAGUUUGCAUGCAUCCAGUUUCCUCCAAAACGUCAUAUUUAUCAAUUUGACUUUGAGUGAACAAGAGAAGAUUCAGAGGUUCGAUACUCUUGCUGAACUUUACAAAGAAAUUGGAUUUCUACGUAAAGCGGCGUUCUGCCAACGACUAGCGGCUACGCGUCAAGUCAGCGCUCACAACCCGAACCCCGACUGGCAGAGAUGCUACUACCUCAUGCUGCACAGCUUCCCGGGACAUAGGCUCAGUUUGGACCCCAACUACGUUAUACAACAUCAAGUUGGGUGGCCUGCUCUUCAAAUCCAACUGCUUCAAGAAUUGGUGGUCGCCGCCAGAAGGAUGGGUCACCCGGCCUUGGCGACUAGGCAUAUGACGUUCUUGCUGCAAACCAUGUGGCCGCAUUUGUCAAGGCAGGAACAACGCGACAUGGCCAUACAGUUACAGGCCCUGUCAGCCCAGUGCGAGGGCGGGCCCGUGCCGCUGGUGCUGCCGUCGGGCGCCGUGAUCCCGCCGGCCAGCCUGGCGCGCGUGCCCGCGUGCGCCGCGUGCCGGCCGCGCGCGCCGCCGCCGCCGCGCGCGCCGCACCCCGUCAAGCUGAAGCCGCAGCCGGGGCCCUUCAUCUUCACGCCCAUACACUUCGGCAGCUUGGAGAGGAACGCCAAGAAGGAUGAGGGGAAAAUGGAAUACCUGUGGGUAGAAGACGACAUAUGCGAAGUGCAGAUGAAGCUAACAAACCCUUUGCCGUUCGAACUCAAAGUGUCAAACAUGCGGCUUCUAACGUCGGGCGUGGUGUUCGAGUCUAUACCAGAGACAGUUAUAUUGACACCGGACACUCCAACCACGGUCAACCUCCACGGAACGCCAAAAGAAAUUGGCGAAUUACAAAUACUUGGUUACUCUACGCACACGCUAGGCGUCAAAUCCAACUGUCGUUUGAAAAAUAUGCCGAUGCCGAACAAAUUUCCUGCUUCGUUCACCAUUGAAGUUAUCCCUAGCUUACCUUUAAUUACGAUUGAGACAAUCGUGUCUACAGCCGGCAAUGUAAGCUGUUCUAGUUUGGAGAACGUUGGUAGCGCAACGAAUAUAUCGCUCCAUAAUGGAGAGAGUACUGACUGCGUAAUAAGAAUAAAUAAUACAAGUAAUGUGCCUGUUGAGUAUCUGGAUAUUGCUAUUCAGUCAAACAUGGACGCGCAACUCCAAUCAAAAGUGUUCCAAUAUUCAAACGAAGACAUCCAAUCACAACUGCCGAUCCCGCCGAACGAAUCCGCCAGUAUACGAAUGAAGUUAUACGCAGAAGCUGAUUUCCUAGACUUGGGAGGAGUGGGGGGAGAUAAUCUGUUUCCGAAUAGUUUGACUUCGAAUUACCCUUCGAGAGUGGGGUCGCCUGUGCCUAAUACUACGUCUCUGCCUACUCAGAGUUCGAAUCCUCAAACCUCGUUAAGUAGCGGACUUAUGCCUAAUAGGACUUCGAGUUUUAGAUCCACAAAUUCUCACACUACCAGUUGGUCAGCUCCUAUUUCCGUGAUGCCCCCUUCCAGAGGGAGACAAAUUGAAGCUCAGGUAGUAAUUAGAUAUUCAGGCGGCGUGGGCAAAGAGAUGCAUUGCCGGCACUCCACGGUGCAAAUCAACAUGGAGUUACUGCCGAGCGUGUCCAUCACACACUGGGACGUCCUGCCUGCUGAAAUUCCAUCUCAACUAUACCUGGUGCUAGACGUCUCCAACCUUACGUCAGAAGAGAUGGAGUUCCACUACGCGGCCGGGAAGCACAUUCUUAUUGAAAGCAAAGAAUCUUGUAGAGUGCCUGUUCCUUUAGAUAGAUGCCCGUUCAACGCGGCGCCUGCUAAACUAGACGAUGAUGCGGAACCUAAAUCGAUAAGCACCGGUUCGUCGACCAACAGCCUAGAGCUGAUGUGUUCGUCCCACAUCACGAAUAACGUCAAACUGAGUUGGCAUCUGCUCCAGAGCGACAUCAGCGGGCAGGCCACCGUGAAAGGGAUCACACUGUCGCAAGCCAUGCUCGAUAUUGUUAGGAUGUCGCCUCUUAACUGGGAGGUUAGCGUGAACCAGCAGCACAUAAAGCCACAAGAGGAGUACACUUGUUCGGCGGGCGAGUGCCUAUCUCUUGGUGUGGCGGUCAGCAACCACUUACAGAGACCUCUGCGGAAAUUAUGCCUCUCUGUGCAGUUCUACCAAGACUACAACAACGGAGAGCUCAGUUAUAAGCUGGACAGUCGGUUAGCGACAGCUGGGAAUAACAAAGUGGUGCUAUCGACUCUUCCAGAAUCCGCGAAGGCUUAUCACGAGUGUACAGUUGUUUUCCUAACGCCCGGAGAAUACAAAGUAGACAUUCAAUGUUCGACCACAGAGCCCAUUCUGGAUGACCCUGGAGACCAACAGUCUGUGAUGUGUUCGGGCGAAGUCAGCCAUAUCUGGAGAUUCAUACCACCUGUAGCUAUAAGCGUCACUGAUUAAGAAAA